UGUACGUGUCAGAGCGCGAGCACCCCGACCAAUGAGGGGCCGCCCCGACCCGUGGUCGCUGGGCUACGCAGUGGAGGCCCGAGGGGAGCGGUUGUCUAGAGACGUCGCGACCAGCUGGCACCUCCCAGGGCACCUCGGCGCACCUCGUGGCACCUCUUGGGCCUCAUCGCGCCGCACCCCACGGCAGAGCUAGCCAGGCCCGUCGGUCGGUCCGUCGGAGAAGGCGCCCCCAACGCCCAGCCGCCGCAUGCCCGGGAAAAGGAGCCGUCGAAAGUCACCCGGUCGCCAGGGGCGGGCCUGCGCCCGCACCACCCGAGCCGGGCUGUCCGCCUCCGUGAGCCACAUGGAGCGCCUCCUGCGGGAGGGCCCUUACGCCCAGUGCCUGAGCUCGUCCGCCCGGGUCUUCCUCGCGGCCACCAUCGAGUACCUGACGGCCAGGGUCCUGGAGCUGGCGGGCGACGAGGCCCAGAUUGUGGGUAGGAGGUGCAUCACCGCAGAGCUGGUGGCCAUGGCGGUCCACAACAACGCCCUGCUCAGCGCCUUCUUCGGAACCCUCGCCAUCUCGCAAGUGGCCCCGACCCAGGAGUAGCUGCCCGACGCGCCCUGGAGGUCCUGGCCCCAGCCCCUCACAGCCCCGGAAGCCCCGGCCUGCCUCCCUGCCUGCCUCCUCGGGCAGACUCGUUGCCAGGCAAUA